UGCUAAAAGUCUCGGAUCUCAUAAAUGGAAAGCAAAACCCAUAAUCAUCAUGAGCAGCUUCACAUAAUCUUCUUCCCUUACAUGGCUCAGGGCCAUUUGAUACCCAUGUUAGAAAUGGCCAAGCUAUUUGCUUCUCGAGGUUUGAAAUCAACCCUCAUCACCACCACUUCCAUUGCACCUUUCUUCUCCAAAACACUAAUUUCUGAAACUUCUCAUAUCGAUAUUGUUACUUUCGAAUUUCCUUGUUUGGAAAAUGGAUUUUUACCAAUUGAAACCAUCUCCAAGCUUGGUCCUCAACUUGAUCACCUUCUGCAACAACACCGUCCUCACUGCCUUGUCGCAGACGUGUUUUUCCCGUGGGCCACCGACGUCGCCGCCAAAUACGGGAUUCCGAGGAUCGUUUUCCAUGGAAGUUGCUUCUUCUCCAUCUCUGCUUUCCUAUCCAUCUAUCUCUAUGCUCCUCACAAGAAUGUCUCUUCCGAUUCCGAGCCAUUCGUCAUCACCAAUUUACCAGGAGAUAUACAGAUCACUAGAGAUCAGAUGCCGGAUUUUCAGAAGAACGACGACCAUGAAGACAACGAAAAGCCAUUUACGAAAUUUUACAGAGUUGGUAUGGAAGCUGAGAUGAAUAGUUAUGGGGUUCUGGUCAACAGCUUUUACGAGCUCGAAAAAGACUACGCGGACUAUUACAGGAAAGGUCUUGGGAUGAAGGCAUGGAGCAUUGGUCCCCUUCUCCUAUACAAUAAGCUUGAUGAAGAGAAAGCAAACAGGGGAGUAAUGGAAACCUCCAUUGAUGCACACAAGUGCUUGAAAUGGCUAAGUUCUAAGAAACCCAAUUCGGUUGUUUAUAUAUGCUUUGGAAGUUUGACUGAUUUCACUGAUUCUCUGCUGGUGGAGAUCGCAUCGAGUCUUGAAGCUUGUGGGCAUGAUUUCAUUUGGGUUGUUAAGAAGAAGAAGAAAGAAAAAGUACAUGGUGAAGAAGAAGAAAAAUGGUUGCCAAAAGGAUUUGAGAAGAGAAUGGAAGGAAAAGGACUAAUUGUGAGAGGUUGGGCACCACAAAUGGUGAUACUUGAACAUGAAGCAGUAGGAGGAUUUGUGACACAUUGUGGUUGGAAUUCAAUCCUAGAAGCUGUUUGUGCUGGGGUUCCAAUGGUGACUUGGCCAGUUGCUGGAGAGCAAUUUUACAAUGAGAUAUUGGUGACUCAAAUACUUGGAAUUGGAGUUGGUGUUGGUGUGAAGAAAUGUGUUAAUGUGGUGGGUGAUAAUGUGAAGAAGGAAGACAUAGAAAAGGCUUUGAGGCGAUUAAUGGUGGGUGAAGAAGCAGAGGAAAUGAGGAAGAGAGCCAAGGAAUUUGGGAAAAUGGCAAGAAGAGCUAUCCAAGAAGGUGGCUCUUCUUACUCGGACAUAGAUGCCUUUAUUCAAGAAUUGAAAGUCCAUAGUUAUUCAAGAUAGAUUUUUCAUUUUUUUCUUUUUUCUUUCUUUUUUUUUUUUUUUUUUGGUUCUUUUCGUUUUUUAAUUUAUG